GUAAUUUACAGCCUUUCUCAGACUAACACCAAUGAGCAUGUCAUCUACACCGUGCCACAUAACACUCUCACUGAGCCCUGUUGCUUUUAAUGCUGUCUGUCUUCCUCUCCCCCCCCCCCAAGGCACAGUACAGUUUCUUGUGAGCUCCCUCCAGAGUUACAACACGUAGAAACAUCAGACACUGCACAUAAUGUAGGAGGAGCUCUUUUUUUGAAUGGCAUCCCAGACCUCCAAUAAUCAUCCCUCAGCUUCCAGCUCUCAUAUAAGCAUCAAGGGCUUAGCUCGGUGCCAUUGUGGGAAUCCAGGGAAGGGACAAGUCAUCUGCACGUCCAAUGCAAGCUGGAGUUCUAGCUGAGUCUUGUGAAGAGCAUUCCCUGUAAACCAGACACUGCAGAGAGCUGGGGAGGAGGAGGAGGAGGAGUGCUCUCAGGACCCCUGGCUUGUCCUCUCUCUCGCUCCCCUGCUUGGAGUGUUCUAUUCUCGCUGUGCUGAGGCUCUCUGACCCCAGGCUGAAACUCUCUGUAUCCCUGCGUUCCGUGAUACAUUGUUGCAAUCUGGAAGAAGUUUGAACGUAUUUUGAAGCAAGAAUACGGAAAGCUGUGUUUUUUUUUCUCCCAUUUUUUAAAAAUUGUUUUUUCCUUCUUCCCGUGGGAUUUCCGUUUAUUGGGAAGGAGACUUCACGUCACAAUCCCCGCAUUAUGAGAUCCAACCUGGAGAAGUCCUGAUCUCGGAGGGGGAAAGGCGACAGAAAGCCUGGGAGAUGCCAGAUCGAGCUUGUUUUUAUUGCAGCGUUAGAGACCUCAAUGGGGUGCUAUGGGAUCAACCCCCGGCAUGAGACCGAACUCCCUAAACUUUGCUCAUCGCCUCCCAUGCUGCAACCGGAGGGGCUUUCUGAGCAACAGUUAUCCCAGGACACUGCACUCCAGAUAAUCUUACAACCCCCCAUCCCCAGCACUGUGCUCGGCCCCCGGAGCCCAGCAUGAAAGUGUUCCGCAGAAAGGCGAUCAUCCUCUGUCUGGGCUACAUACUGCUGCUGGUACUUACCAUGCUUAACCUCAUGGACAAAUGGCACAAAGAGCCCCAGCAAUGCAAUGACCAAGUACGGUACACCCCCUACCAGACCCGCUCAGAUAUCCGCUACCUGUACCGGCCCUCGCCUCCAAGGAAGAGGCAGCUGGUCUAUGUGUUCACCACCUGGAGGUCUGGUUCUUCAUUUUUUGGGGAGCUCUUUAACCAGAACCCCGAAGUAUUCUUCCUGUAUGAGCCAGUAUGGCAUGUGUGGCAGAAACUGUACCCAGGGGAUGCCAUGUCUCUGCAAGGGGCUGCCCGGGACCUCCUCAGCGCCCUCUACCGGUGUGACUUUUCUGCCCUGCAGCUCUACAACACAGCUGGUGCGAAGAACAUCAGCACUUUGGGCAUCUUCGGGGCAGCUACUAAUAAGGUCAUCUGCUCGUCACCCAUCUGCUCGGCCUACAAGAAGGACACAGUGGGGCUGGUGGAUGACAAGGUGUGCAAGAAAUGCCCCCCUCAGAGCCUGAGCAUGCUGGAGGAGGAGUGCCACAAGUACAACACCAUAGUGAUUAAAGGAGUGAGGAUCUUUGACAUCAACGUGCUGGCCCCAUUGAUGGUUGAUCCUUCCUUGGACCUGAAGGUCAUCCAUUUAGUCAGGGAUCCCAGGGCAGUAGCCAAUUCCAGAAUAAAAUCUAGGCAUGGCUUGAUCAGGGAGAGCCUGCAGGUUGUACGUAGCAGGGAUCCAAGGAUCAGGAGGGUGUCCUUCAUAGACCCUGGACACAAACUGAACAAAAAGGAUGGUUCUGACUACCAUGCCAUAGGUGCCAUGGAAGUGAUCUGCAGCAGCAUGGGGAAAACCCUCAGAACUGCUCUCAACCCCCCAAGCUGGCUCAAGGGUAACUAUAUGGUGGUUAGGUAUGAGGAUCUAGUGGUGGAUCCCAUUAAGACUUUGAGGCAGGUCUAUAAGUUUGUAAAUCUCUCAGUUAGUCUGGAGAUAGAGAAAUUCUCUCUAAACAUGACCAGUGGUUCAGGCUACUCAUCUAAACCUUUCGUGGUGUCUGCUCGCAAUGCUACGCAGGCUGUGAGUGCCUGGAGGACAUCACUCACCUUCAUGCAGGUCAAACAAGUGGAAGAGUAUUGCCAGGUGCCCAUGGAGGUCUUAGGAUACGAGACAGUGAGAAGUCAAGAAGAAGUCAAGGACCUUAGCAAGCCUCUACUUAGGAAACCUAUGUUGUGAACUGACAAUUUGAGUCUAUUGAAUACUGGCUGAAAAAUAAAAUUUCAACUGCUCUACAGAAAAAUUCUUGAUCUUCAUAGAUUUCCUUCUGGUAAUUCUCCUACCUUUCAUUUCCAGUUGAUCUGUUUAGCCUCAAUAUCCUCCUAAGGUCCUGGGUAAAUUUGUAAGCUUGCACAUGUAAUUAUGUUGCCCAUAGAACAUUUUAAUAAAAUUUACACCUGGGGGGAAUUAAUGUGGUGACCACAUCAAUAUGGGCUUCACUGCAGGUCUGAAAUUGGCAUUAAUAAGGAGUCUUACCUCAUUCAAUCAAAUGCAGGCUGCAAGCAUUGGUUUAGUGUCCUUCAUGUUUGAACUGCUGAGUUAAUGUACCAAAAGCUGAUUUGUUAAGGAAUUUGACUACCAAUUUAGUUUACAGAGGUGGUUUGCAAGCUUCAGUUGUAUGGUAUACCCAUUGCAUAGGCAUGAUCUCCAGUUGGUAACGGUACACAAUGUCCAGUGGGAAGAAUAUACCAUAACUGUUAAAAGUGCUGUUAAUAAAAACAAAAAAACAACCAAUAACUUAUGUUCAUUAUAAGGUGUUGGCUAAUGUCUUUUUUUUUUUUUUACUCAACCAUUUCAUGUCGCAGCAUCUUAAGCAACAUUUAAUUAAAGGUGCCAGAUACAUUCCUAGUCUUUGAAGAGUUAUAAACUCUUAUACUAUAUGUGCCUUUCUCAUUUGUAAAAUAUUAUUGAUGUUUUGAGCUCAGUCCUAUCUAUAGUUUGGUCCUUAGAUGCAGAAUCCUGUAUAGCAUUGUAUGUGUCAGAUGUAAAUAAGUAUUUCCGUGUUGAGAGAGCUGCCUUAUUUGCUGCAUUGAUUUGUGUCUGAUCAAAUCCCUCUUUGUAGUUAGUGCAGUAAUUCUGCAUUUUUACAAUAGAUUUCAAUAUUUGCAAUACACAAUGUUAUACACAUUCAUCCAUAUGUUGUUUAGACGUGAAAUACUGUAUUUACUAUUUUGUAUACUGUAUUUAACUGACUUACCGGUAUCUCCCCAAUCCAAUUCUAAAACUAGUUUAAUUUAAUUUUAUAUUGUUAAUAGUGUGCAUCCACAUCAUAGAAUUCCUUUAGAGAGUAAUCUUCUAUAUAAGUAAGCUAUAAGCAGUUAAUUGCAAAAUGUAGGCCAAAAUAAAACAGUUGGAAAAGUAGUUCAUUUGUGAAAUUCUUCCAAAUUGCACAUUUUGCCUUUAACUUUGCAAUUCAUCUCAAUUAACUGUUUAGCAAAAUGAAUGUGAAAAAUAAUUUCACUUAAGGUUUCUCUGCUAGUAAUGUUUGCAAAUAUUCCUUGACUUAACCCUUUCAGUGGCUCGUGAUGCGC